GUCAAAAAGGACCUCCCACCCCUCGUGCCUGUCCUCGCAAGCCAAGCAUUGAAAUUCUCCUCAAAUCCCCUAUCCCCCUUAUCACUCUCCGACCAAAGAAUCUCUCUCUAUAUACUACUCCUUAGCGACUAUACGUGCAGGCGAGCAAGGAUGUCAUCACGAGUUCGACCCAACCUGCUGGAUGUGGUUUCCUCUUUGUCCUCCGUCCCGGGGACGCGGAACCAAUAUGCCGUGAAGAUUACACGGGACUGGUGUACCCAACAGUACGUCCGUUUGACAGCCGCAUCCUUGCUCCAUCACUCGACGGGCUGAGUUGACCAGAGCAGCUCUGUCCUUGGGGGAUUUUCUACUGCGAUUAUGCUGGCCGCCGGUCAAAGGUUCCUCGACCAGGAACUUGGCGUAGGCCGGUAUCCCGAGCCCGUUCAUGCGUUCGUCCAAUUUCUACACAUGGUUCACCCUGGCCCGUCGAUUAUUACUUGCACUCUUUUACGAGUGUCCAAGAAACAAUUCGUUCUACAAGUUGAACUGGCGCAUGCCCCUAAGCCGGGAGAGGACUCCGACUCUUACCCAACUACAACUCUCGGUAUCUUCACAUACGGCGAUAUUAGCAAAGAAAAGGGCCUCACGCAAGAAACGCGGCCGGUAAUCACUCGACCACCCCCUGAUCGGCUCACGGAAUGUGUUACUAUCGAUGACCCCGUCGUCAGUUCCACCCCUGUGACCGCGAAGAUGAACUGGGUCGCCCCACGAUCUCCACAGGGACUCUGGGGCCACCGCCUCGGCGGCCACAACCGCGAGGUCUGGCUGUCCUUCCGCGACGGCUCCAAACUAUCUGACGUGUUACAUCUGGCGUAUCUUUCCGACUUGCCCCUGCAGCCACCAGCAACCCAUAUUCCGGACUUCUACGCUAAAUAUGCGAUCUCCACCCUGUGUCUGUCGAUCGAGUUCAAAAGACGGCCCGACCCGUCCACUGACUGGAUCAUGGUCCGCUCCAAUUCCAACAAGGUCUCCAAUGGCCGGUAUGAUGCUGCUUUGCAACUAUUAGAUGAGAGGGGGGAUCUUCUCGCCUUGAGCAACCACGUUGUAUUUACCUCGGACUUGAAGCCGAGGCCGGCUCGGCUGUGAGUGGGGCUGUGGAUCUUUUAGUAGUAUUUGAGCUUAGCGUUAGUCAUAUGUCACUGCAGUAUGCGAUGAUAUAAACAAAAGCGAGGUAUUUAAUUAAG